CUCUUUGCAGAAAGAGACGCAGUACAGGGGACGUUCCGUGGCUUGUUUAACUUUUAGACCUGCUGAAUUUAUUCACGAAAAAUCACGGCAAUUUUGGUCUUCAGUGAUGAUGAUGAUGAGGAGGAGUGAAGUGCUCGCGGCAGAGGCUGUGUCAUGCCUGAAUAAAGCGCUGUGCCAUCUGAAGGAUAUUUGGGAGGAGAUCGGUAUCCUGGAGGACCAAAGACUUCAGAGAACAAAUGUGGUCAAAAAUCACAUUAAGAGCUUACUAGAUAUGAUGAUUAAAGAAGAGGAGAUGCUGAAGCAGAGGCUCCAAAGCAGCAUUCAAGCAUGUCGACCAGAAAUGGAGAAACUCUGCCUGGAACUUCAGCUUCCUGUGUUUGAGGAGGAACAGGGUAUCAGUAUGUUGCAGCAAGAGAAGAACAUCCGCACACAGGUGGAAGCUCUGAUGAAGGAGAAGAGUCAGCGGAUGCAGCAGCUGAAGACUCUGCUGGAGCAGGACCAUGACCUCUGUGACCUCCUCUGUUCUGUGCCUUACGGCAUUGCUCCAGACAGUGUGCCUUCCCUGGAACAACUGGAGAAUUUCCGUCAGCACCUUGAUAAUCAGACUGCAGAGAAGGCAAGGCGGCAUGCUGAGUUCACAGGCCUCAGAAAACAGAUAAUCUUGUACAUGGAAGAACUGGACCAUGUCCCUGACACCAGUUUUGAGAAGGAUGUUGUCUGUGACGAUGAGGAUUCUUUUUGUCUUUCCAGAGAAAACAUUACAUCACUGAAACUGCUCCUUUGUCAGCUGGAGGAACAUAAGGCAGAGAACGAAGCAAUGUGCAAGACUCAACGAGAGAGGAUCCAGCAGCUGUGGGACAGACUACAGGUUCCUCAGGGUGAGAGACAGGCCUUUUCUGAACACAUGGUCACAUCAAAGAAGAGGAACCUGGUCGCGUUACAAGCAGAGGUUCAGCGUCUGGAGGAGCUCAAACUACAGAAUAUCCGAAAUGUUACAGAAGCCAUUCGCUCUGAAAUCGCUGUGUUUUGGGAAAAGUGCUUCUUGAGUAUUGACCAGCGCCAAGCUUUUACACCAUAUUUUAGUGAGGAUUAUACUGAGGAGCUUUUGGGUCUGCAUGAUGCUGAGAUUCAGCGGUUGAAGCAGCAUUAUGAGGGGCACAAAGAGCUUUUUGAAGGGGUUCACUGUUGGGAGGAAAGCUGGAGACUCUUCUUAGAGCUGGAGAAAAAAGCCACAGAUCCAUCAAGAUUCACAAACAGAGGAGGGAAUCUUCUCAAAGAGGAGAAACAGAGGUCUGACUUACAAAAAAGCCUACCGAAGCUCGAGAAGAAACUGAAAACCCAGAUUGAUGCACUUGAAAGUGAGCAGGGACAGGAGUUCCUUGUAAAUGGCCAAAAAUUCCUGGAGUAUGUGGAGGGCCAGUGGGAGCUCCACCGCAUUGAGAAGGAGAAGGAGAAAUUGGACAGACAACUGAAGAAGAGCAAGCAGACUGAGGAGGAUAUGCUAUAUGGAACAACAAUACGAACGCCUACUAAACGAAGAUUUCCGGUCGCAACUACCCCCAACAAAUCUCGAAAACUGUUUAAUGCUACGUCCAGCAUUUCCAGUGCUACCUCUAACAGCACGAUGCGUUCAGUCUAUGGUGGCACUAUCUGUCGUUCACCUAUUCCCCGCCCACCACUUUCAGCCAACAAGGGCGUGGUGGCUCGGACACCAGGUUGCAGUAAGCCCCCACACCCAAGACUGCAGAGCUGUAAUAAGGAGAAUGAAGACCAAGGGAAGAGAACCCCUCUGAGUGGUGCGUUGCUGAACCAUGGUAGUCCACAGUGUAACAACAGUAUAACUUCUGUUGCCAGCACAUAUUCCGAGUUUGUGCGAGACCUGUCCAAGGCCUCAAACACCAAACUCCAGCAUGACAUUCUGAACUCCACCAGCAGCAACCACUGACCUAGUCAGUAAUGGUGUUGAAGUUCUGCACUCUGGCAUGAAUUAGUAGUACUUUUGACUUUAUACAUGAAGUUAAUAUAUAGACUGUUGCAGUGGCGACAACCGCAGCAGCAGCUCGCAGCCUUGUUGGUCUGUUGAUGACAUGGUUUUGUUUGUCACCAUCAGUCAGAGAAAAAUGUUUGUAUCAUAAGUUAAACUAACACUAUUUUGGCCUUCUGAUUUACCAGUUCGUAUUUGUGAGAUUUCAUGUCUACAUGAUUGUACUCAGUUUUAAUAUGGAAGUUAUGCAAUCGAAGGUUACAGGCCAAAUGCAUAAUACUUUGCACUUUGUGGAAAAUAUAUUACGGAACAGUGUAGUUUUUGCCACAGUGUUCCAUCCAGAUUUUGA